AUGGUGUCAGCUGUGUCCCUUAUCGCCGAGUUUGGCUGGAUGUUAUUUCUACAAUCACGUCUUCUCAAGGCUCGAUAUUACAGCCCCGAAAAGCCAAGAAAACAUCCCCGCUCCUCCGUUGAUAUCCUCCUUGUUGUCAUAGUUUUCUGGGCACUCUUCAUCAUAGUCGAUCAUAUCUUCCGCCUGACGUUCGAUCUCGUUUAUGUUGUAAUUCUCAAACAUGGACAUGAUCCCUUAGAAGAAACGGUUGUUGAACCACGGCAUCGUUCGGGGGCAUAUGAUCAUGGCUCACUCCUACGCCAAGUUCUGGCGACUUGGAUAAUUCAUUAUGUCUUGAAUUUUUGGCUGGAAACAAUCGUACCGUUAUGGAAGGAUAUCCUUGAAGAUCCGGAUAGUGUUCGCGAUAGGUUCCGAGUGCGCACGCAAGAACUAUUCGAGUUGUUCAUAGUCAUUACUGGGAUCAACUGGAUGCCGGAAUUGACCUCAGGGGCGGCUUUAAACAGCAUGGAUGAAGCGUGUGGAGCAUGUCAUCUGGUUGCUCUCGAAAGGGAAAAGCUGGCAGACCCUACGAUUGGGGAACGAAUACUGAAUUGGAACAUUACGAUCGAUAGAGGCGCGCUCGACGAGAUAAAGGAGAUACUUGGGCCCCCUGGUGGCUUCGGAGAGAUGGGAUUCAGUGUUUCGAAUGGCGGUGUAUGUAUUGGAGCCACGGCGAUUGGGGCAAGCUUCAGUUUAACAUUUGAGUUGAAAGGCGCUGUUGAGGAUCAGCAAUCAGAAAAAAUGUCUGAAGAGAAGGAAUAA